AUGAAGUCCCCUCCAAGGAGCGGAAGCUCUGGCAGCUCCACAGCUAGCAAGAAAGCCGCGUCGCAUCCUACCGAUUCCGGGGUAAAGAAACAAUCAGCAAGAACGGAGACUUCAGGUGGGGUUUGUAAAGCAACAAAGGGGGAAAUUCCGCGGGGAGACAAGAAAUGGCAGACAUUUUUCGGUUCCACCCGCGAGAUCAGUGCUGAUGAUGAGACAGUACGAGCACAGCUUUUUGACGUUCUGAAAGAAAAAGACUCCAAGAAGGAGGCCGAUAAAAGCUCCUCUAGGGAUGUCGGUAGGUGUUCUAAAUACAAUGUGAAUAGGCUGAUGGCGCAGAUCUACCAGGAUCUGUACACUGUCGCGGCCGCUCAAGCCUCAAAAGCCGCUUCUGGAGAAACUCAGACCGAUAGACUUUCUCUCGGAGAGCUCGGUGGGAUUGAUCUCGCACUUCGAAAGGUAUCAGAUGGUGUGGGUACGGCUAUAAAAGCCGUGCUCGCCUACCAACGCAACCCUGCAAGCCCCGAAUCCAGCAGGAUUUGGCAACACGGCGAUAACACGGUCAGAAGUUCAUCUUUUGACGGUCCCGUCUGCGAGCGAUGCAGCAAGCUGGCGUCUCGUCACGACUGGACGCUACUAGGCAUACUAGCCCACUCCGUUACCUUCCAAGACGCGAUAACCCUCCUCGACGCAGAAGCCUGGAACGCAAUCUCCACCAGCAUCGCCGAGAAUGCCGUGAGCCUCACCGUCUUCGCGCAAGGGCACAGCCUAGAAUGGUGGACGGAGCUAAUCCGCCUCAACGGCCUCUCCCCUCCCUUCCUCCCCCAGGAUUUCGAACGCCACCUCCCCAGCGAGCCACGGGACGAAGUGCACCCGCACAAAUGGGUCGUCACCGACAAUCUCUCCGACGUCCACCCUCCCCACUUCGAAGGCGAGCCGCAAAUCAACAUCCACACCAACAUCUACCGCGCCGCUUCCUUCGCCAACAGCCCUCGCCCACCCAGCUGGCCCGCCGACCGCCCCUACCCCUCCGACCCCACCCGCGUCCGCGACCCGAGCCCCCACCCCUGCCCGACCAGCGGCCCCCACGCCCCCUGCGCCUGCCUCUUCCACGCCCGGACCUGGCACCCGCUCACCGAGCUCCGCGCCUACGGCCCCAAAGGCGUCGGCGUGCGCGCCCUCGAGCGCAUCCCCACCGGCGCCAUCCUGGGCGAGUACGUCGGCGAGGUGCACCCGGCGGCCUACGCCGUGGAUCCGACCUACGUGCUCGACUUCAGCGAACCGGGCCGGCGAACCGAUGAGGUGGUCGCGACGAUCAACGCGGGGCGGUUCGGGAACUGGACGCGCUUUGUCAACCACUCGUGCGAGGCGUCGACGAGGUUUGCGUCGGUGACGUUGGGGGGCCGGCAUCGGACUGUGGUGCAGGCGGUGAGGGAUAUUGAGGUGUUUGAGGAGCUGACGGUGGAUUAUGGGGUUGGGUAUUGGCGGAAUCGGGGAAGGGGCGACGGCGCUGGGUCUGGGGAUCUUGGUGUUUAUGACGAUCAAGCGAAGGGGAAGGGGGGUUGA